AUGACAUUCGAGCAUGCAAGUAAACUACAGAACUGUUUCGGCGGGCAGAUAGCGAUAGAAUAUUUGGAUGGUUCAGAUAGUAGUAUCGCGCUCAACAUCGUCAAGCCCUUAUUUCCGAAGAAAAUUGAAUUUGCCACUAAAAAUCGCUCAAUUUCUAUGGCAUCGCAAAAGGCCGCAGGUUUUGUUCGGGUUUCGCGCUAUUGGGAGCAAAUGACUAUGAGUACUCGCGCUUUAAUCAGCCUGGCAAGCCAAGCGAAAUUCGAAAAUAGAAAAGUCCAAGCACCAAGAGUAAAUAAUUCUCUGUUUGGUGCAAAUGAUGGGUACUCUCUGGGAACCUAUUUCAAUUUGACUCAUUUUAAUCAGGUACUCAUUUUUGGCGAUUACGCAACUUUGGUCGGUGGGAAAGACUACGAAGCUGAAUGCUCAUUGGCUGACGCAAGUCACGUGGCCUUAUACUUUCUUUAUGAAGGUAACAAGGAAAAAACAAAACAGAUGUUGCAAUUGAAUGAAAGGUUGGUUGGACAGAAUGCCCGAUCCUCGGAAACUACACCAAAGAAAACUCGAAGACAAACUUUUUUUGCGUCAACGUUAGUAAGUUCACUGAAUGGGACAAGUUAG